AGCCCAGUCCAGCUCUUACUACCGAAGCGGCUUCACCCCUGACUCGCGAGAAAGCCUCCCACGCUACCCCAGAUCCUAGAAAGCGGAGUGGACGAAUUCGGAUUGGCGCGUCGCCUUUUGGGAGCGGAGCCAAUUCGGAGCCGCAGCGCGUCUCCCCCCCACCCUCCGCUGCGCGGCCUCCUCCUCCUCCAGCCACGCCGAGGUUUCCCGGCAGCGGCAGCCGAGACCUUCCGCAGCGCCGGUAUGGAGGGAGACGACCGCCUCGCCAUCUGCUUGUGACUGCUUUGCAGAGCUGAGUUGUGGAUGCCAGAAAAUAAGGGGACGUAAACCUCCACUGGGACUCCGGAUCCGGACACUGGAAUUGCAGCUGAACUUAUAAAGCUUAUUACCCCCUUGUUUCUCUUUCUCUCUCCCCACCUCUCUCUCUUCCCCCCUCCCCCCUCCGCUUUCCAUCCCCUCCCCCCCAAUUUUUUUGGGGUGUGUGUUAGCGCUACUUGAAGGAAAUCGGAAGGGUCCGGUUUGGCUUUGAAACUGAGACAGUCCCUCCGUCGUUCUCCACCCUUCACAUCAGAUCUCUCUGCCCCCACCCCCACCCCCCCAACCCGGCUUCCUAUAUGCUUCUCCGCUAAGUGCAAGAAGGGCUUUGAGAGAAAUUUAUGCCCUGUUAAAAAGUCCAGUGGACAAACCUUGCCAGAUCGAGAUGGGGAAAUCGAACAGCAAGUUGAAGCCUGAAGUUGUGGAAGAACUGACGAGGAAGACAUACUUUACGGAGAAGGAGGUCCAGCAGUGGUACAAAGGCUUCAUCAAGGACUGCCCCAGUGGGCAGCUGGACGCUGCUGGGUUCCAAAAGAUCUACAAGCAGUUCUUCCCCUUUGGGGACCCAACCAAGUUUGCCACAUUCGUCUUCAACGUCUUCGACGAGAACAAAGAUGGAAGGAUUGAGUUUUCCGAGUUUAUCCAAGCCUUGUCGGUCACUUCCCGGGGGACGUUGGAUGAGAAACUGCGGUGGGCCUUUAAGCUGUAUGAUCUUGACAACGAUGGCUACAUCACUAGGAAUGAGAUGCUGGACAUCGUUGAUGCCAUUUACCAGAUGGUGGGGAACACUGUGGAACUCCCUGAAGAGGAAAACACCCCAGAGAAGCGGGUGGACCGGAUUUUUGCCAUGAUGGAUAAAAAUUCAGAUGGAAAACUCACCCUGCAGGAGUUCCAGGAGGGCUCCAAGGCUGACCCUUCCAUUGUUCAGGCGCUCUCCCUCUAUGACGGACUCGUAUAGCUUGCAGUCUUAUGCUUUGACACACCUGAAGGAACCCCCUUCCAGUGCCAUCAAACACCCACCUCAGACCAGACUCUCUCGCCUGACUUAUGCCAACCCCUCAUCGCGCUAAAAACGUGGGAGAGGGGUGUGCUUGGAGCGUGACGUCAACCCAACCACUUUGUGCUCAAAAACCAGCUCGUCAUCUCCAUUUGCCAGCGUCUGCAUUUAACAACGAUUUUAAAAAACGAAAAAAGAAAAAAAGAAAAGUGGGGGCGGAGGAGAAAGCAGUGAUGAAGAGGAUGAUGAAAAGAUAAGCGCCAUUUCCUUGGGGCCAUGAAGAAUACUCUCACAUGUUAAUAUUCUGUUUUGUUUGUUUCGAAUGGAUUAAGAACGAGCACCAUUUUUAAAUAUCUCUUAUGGGCGGGUGGGUGGGGAGAAUCAUGCAGACUGGAGAUGUAGGGUCCCAUUAAGACGUCUUGUGUCAGGGCGCCACUGGACUGGACCGGAACUGUCAGAGUGGAUGGCUUAAUCGCAGCUAAGCUUUUGCUUUUAAAAUCCUGGGGGUGCCGCACGUGUGUGUGCUUGGAGGGGGGUUUAAAAAUCCAUUUGAAAUUGAUGUCCAUCCUCAUUUGGGUUUGUGGUUCAAAUUGCAAUGCUACACACACACUUUAUUAUGAUGAUUAUUUGGGGUGUGACAUUGUUAUUGUAUGCUCUCAUUUUGUGUGUGUGUGCGUGACGGAAAAGUGAGACGCUUUUUCUUCUUUUGAAUGACCUCUGAACAAGCGGUAGUUAUUUAUUUGCCGUUUUGUGUGUGUCAAAGCUGCUGUAUAAUUUUUUUGUCUCGUGUCUCCGAAAAAGAACAAAAAAAAAAACACAACUCAUGCUGCAGGGGUGUUGUCCCUCACAGAAGAAAUCUAAGCCAAAAAGAAGAAAGAAAGAAACAAAGAAAGAUCCCCACAACUUAUAUAUGUCUGCUGUGCUGCCUGGCUGGGGUAGAAGGGGGUCAGUGUGCCCUCUGAUUAUGUUGUCUUUCGUCCAUCUAUCCAUCGCCCUAUCCCAAAAGGCCCCAAACUUCUUGCUCUUGGCAGGCCUUGCAUCUGGGACUUGCGAUGUCUGCAGCACCCCCUCUGAAUGCUGUCUCCCCACCUCUUUUGUAUUUCUUUAUUUUCUGCCCCCCCCCCGCAUUCAUUUUGCCAUUUUGCCUACAUUGUAAAAGAGGAAUGAUGAAACAAUCCAGUACCCCAAGUUUUUCUCUCUCUCUGCAUGAAACUAAAGAAGUGUUAAUGUGGCCAAUCUUGUUGGAGCUUUAAAAAAAAUGACAACAAAAACACAGUUCUUUCUGAAAGGAAGUAAUAAUAAUGACGAUGGUGAUAAUAGUA